ACACUUGCUGUGGAGGGAAGAGACAGGAGACGCGGAGAAAGUGGACGCCGCUGCGGUCAGACAAAACAGAUCACUUUCACUCGAACCACAGCGUCGCAACAUGGCUUCAAAGUGCCCCAAGUGUGACAAGACGGUGUAUUUCGCUGAAAAGGUGUCAUCGCUGGGGAAGGACUGGCACAAGUUGUGUCUCAAGUGUGACCGCUGCAACAAGCUGCUGAACGCCGGAGGCCACGCUGAGCAUGAUGGAAGGCCUUACUGCCACAAACCGUGCUAUGCUGCCCUCUUUGGGCCAAAAGGUGUGAACAUUGGUGGAGCCGGCUCUUACGUGUACGAUACUCCGGCCAACAACAACCCGUCUCCCACUAGUGUGGAUUCAGCCCCUAAAGCUGAGGAGAAGCGAGUGUUUGCACCCAAGGCACCGUCAAAAGCAGCUGGCAGCAUCACCACUUUUUCCGGAGAGGCCAACUUGUGUCCCCGCUGCAACAAGAAGGUGUACUUCGCUGAGAAGGUGACAUCACUGGGUAAGGACUGGCAUCGACCCUGCCUGCGCUGCGAGAGGUGCAGCAAGACUCUGGCUCCUGGCAGCCACGCAGAGCACGACGGCCAGCCUUACUGCCACAAACCAUGCUAUGCUGUCCUCUUCGGGCCCAAAGGCGUGAACACUGGUGGCGUGGGCAGCUACAUCUAUGACAAGGAGCCCAGCGCAGUGACCCAGCCUUGAACCUUUGUCCCCUCAGCCUCAUCCCUCGUCUCGACACAACACUGACCAUCAACCACAGUAUUAUCUGAAGCCUUUUUCUCUUCCCCACCUGUGCGUUCAUACCUGAGACAACCAGCCUUCUGCUCCACAUUCCUUUCUCCUUUAUCCCGACCCACUCCUGGCAGAUUUAGCACCACGAGGAAUGAUUUCAAAUUGCGUAGACGUGUGUUGUAUGUUUUUGCUGCGGGAGAGCCCUCAGCACAAGCACAUCCAGCAUUCCCACAUGGUUGUUACAUACACCAAUCAAAUGAUUUCAGACAAAUAUUUUGCCAUGUUUACACAUUUCCACAUGUAUGGGAACACAUUAAAUGUCACCAAAAGAAAGUACGAAGGUCUUAUAUUUCAAUUUUGUACCCUGAAAACUGCGAUUGAGGUUGUCUGUUUUGAGGUGAUGUAUGUUUAAAGAAGAAAGCGGGAUGGAACGUGAUUCUCAGGUGUGGAACGGUGCAUUGUGGGAAGAGGUGCAGCGCGUUGAUUGUGGCGUGUUGACAGCCGGAGGUAUUUCACCUCGGCGGCUGGUGCACGCACAGGUGGUGCUCAGGAGCACAUUGCCAAUAAAUCCGUAUUUCACAAAUGCCAUAUUUACAGUUUGGCUGCCUGACAACAUUCCUUAUGUGAAAAAAACUGACUGUUUUAAAACAAAAGUCCGAACAUAUUGUAAAAAGGUGGAAAGGGGCGACUGUUACAUGAACACAUCCAUGAGGCUGUAUUGAGUCGACAUGAAUUCAUUUUACUUUUCAGCAUAUGUAAUAACCUUUUUUAUGUAAAAACCAGUAUAAUAAGAUACGAUGGGCUAAUAAAUAACACAAAUGUCUUGAACUGGCUGUUACACAUGAUGCUAUUUUAAAAUGAGGCAGAAUGAUGGGGAAGUUUUGGGAGGGGAGGGGAGAAACAUGUAUUUAUUACUUUAAUUCGAGGCCUUUAAAUUUCAUCAGACAUUGUACUACUACCCUUUAGGGACCGAUUAUGAAGGAGGUGAAACAAGGCAACAGAAGCUGUAAAAAUCACUACGACCAGAUUUUUAUUGUUAUUUUCAGACAAAUAACCCUGCUGUUAUUUUCCGACAGGUGACGCUCUAUUUGAAGUAUUAUAUUGUUUGCCAUUAGCAGAAACGGUAGUUUAGCUUGUAGAAUCAAAGACGAGACACUGCAGACAAGUCAUUCUGUAAGAAUGUGCAUCCUAGUAUUAUUGUAUGACUGUUACUGUGUUUGUUUAUGACCUGUUGUACAACGUAGGGCUCCAUAGACACUGCAGGGCUCACUGUUUGUAGAAAUAAAACGCUGCACUUCAGCCCUGCUGCAUUUGUCUUUUUAAUUCCCUCGAAUAAAUAUUUCAACAACUCUUCAUCUGUGUUACUACAAUUAUUGUUUGACAGAUUUAAAAACUCUUCUGUUCAUGGAUUGCAAUAAAG